AUGGAUUUGCUAAACUCAUUUCUGAAUCUGGUGGUGCUUCCUGCAAGCAUGAUGAUGCUGGCCUUUGCAUGGCCAGUCUUGUGCUUUAUCCAUACAUGUGAAUGGCUUUACAAUGCAUUGUACACUACUGAGACUAUGGAUGACAAAGUGGUUAUAACAGUUAGUAUUGUACAGUAACAGUGAUUCGGCUUUCAAAUUGCAUAUGAAUAUGCAAGGAGGAGGGCUAACCUUGUGUUGGUUGCAAGGAGAGAACAUCGACUUCUAGCAAUUAGUGAGAAAGCAAGACAACUUGGUACAAAGAAUGUCACCGUAAUUGCUGCAGAUGUUGUUAAGGAAGAUGAUUGUAGGAGAUUUGUUAAUGAAAUAAACCUCUAUGGGGGUGUGGAUCGUCUGGUGAACGCAGCGAGUUUGGGACGUACAUUCUACUUUGAGGAACUUACAGACACCUCAGUGUUUCCCCUUUUGUUGGACAUAAACUUUUGGGGAAAUGUUUAUCCAACAUUUGUUGCUCUUCGGCACCUAAAUCAAAGUAACGGUUGAGUUAUCGUGAAUGCAUCAGUGGAGAAUUGGCUACCAUUGCCAAGAAUGAGUUUGUAUGCGGCUGCAAAAGCUGCUCUUGUAAAUUUCUAUGAGACUCUAAGAUUUGAAGUAAAUGAUGAGGUUGGAAUAACAAUCGCAACACAUGGUUGGAUUGGCAGUGAAAUGACGAGAGGAAAGUUUAUGCUCGACGAGGGAGUAGAGAUGCAAUGGAAGGAAGAACGAGAGGUACGAGUGAGCGGUGGGCCUCUGGAAGAGUUUGCGAGGCUGAUUGUUUCAGGGGCUUGCCGGGGGCAUGCAUAUGUGAAGUACCCGAGUUGGCACGACACAUUCCUCCCCUAUAGAGUUUUUGCACCCAAUAUACUUAACUGGAAUUUCCGACUUCUCCUUUCAGCUCAUGGUACCAGAAGAAUUUCCAAGGUGGGUGUUGGGAAACCGCUAUCUCUUCAAGGCACUGCCGCCAGAUAUCAUGUAUCGGAUUCGGAGGGCACCUCUUCUUGGCUGCUUCCUACUGGUCCCAUUACCUUCUCCCAGUUGCAGCAGCAGAAGAUGGAGUAG